UAAACCUAUGAUUCCAAUUCACUCGGCAUCCUCCAUCCAGUGGGCAUGAGCAUUGAACAUUGAACAGAUUCCCAAUCCCCAUAUUACUUGAUAAAUUUCUUUAUCCUGUAGUUUUAGCACAGUUCACAAAAUCAAGUACAUUUGGAUUUGCAGCCCCCCAAGGCCAACUCUUAAACUAAUCCCUCGUUUUGUUUGUUGAUGUUUUGGUCUCUCUCUCCUCUCUCAAGGAUUCUCCAAUCCGAACUUCAUGGGGUAUCUGUCUUGCAGAGCUGACUCUGCCAUCCUCACCGCCAAUUCCCACUCCGCCACCAGCAGCGGCGCCACCACCUCUAAAGCCAAGAAGAACAAGCACAAGGAAGAAUCAGAGAAGCCCGUUAAAAUCCAACAGUUCGAAUAUUGUGACCUUGAAGCAGCCACAAGUGGUUUCUCAGAGCAGAAGCUUCUGGGUAGAGGUAGCCAUGGCUGCGUCUACAAAGGGGUGCUCCGGAGUGGCCGCCUCGUGGCCGUGAAGAAACCCUCUAGAGGCGCUACCCCACGCGUUGCGUCGUCGGCGGACAGCACUAAUGAAGUGGACAACGAGAUUGAUAUCCUCUCCAAGCUUUACAGCCCUCGGCUUGUGAAUUUGGUGGGGUUCACCAACGACUCAAAGGACCGGCUUUUGGUCGUGGAGUUCAUGAGCAACGGUACCCUUUACGACGUCAUUCAUACCAGUCCUCGUCCGCCUAAUUGGGGUCGAAGAAUUCGGCUUGCCCUUCAGACUGCUAAGGCUAUCGAUACCCUUCAUUCGUCCAUUCCUCCGGUAAUUCACAGAGAUAUCAAGUCAGCUAAUGUCUUAAUUGAUCGAAAUUUCAAUGCUCGGUUGGGUGAUUUCGGUCUGGCAUUGCGCUGCCAUGUUGAUGAUUUCCGACUCCGGUCGACGCCGCCUGCCGGCACAAUCGGAUACCUAGAUCCCUGCUAUGUUACGCCGGAUAAUCUGAGUACAAAGACAGAUGUUUUCAGUUUUGGUAUUCUCCUUUUGGAGAUUAUCAGUGGUAGGAAGGCAAUCGAUGUUGGGUAUUCUCCUCCUUCAAUUGUCGACUGGGCUGUACCACUUAUUCGGAAAGGGAAGCUUCUUGCUGUCUAUGAUCCAAGAAUUCCUCCUCCAAAGGACCCCUCUGUGGGGAAGCAACUGGCGGUGCUCGCAGCCAAGUGCGUGCGGUCAAGCAAGGAGCGUCGCCCUACGAUGAAGGAGAUAGUCGAGUACCUUACUGUUCUGAGUAAGACGAUUCCACUCCAUUCAUGGAAUGGCUUCUCUGUUAAUCCAUGCAUGAUGGUAGAUGCAGUGGGUCGCCCUGUUGGACCCGAAGCGACCCAUUUGAGUUCAAGGUCAAGGCAGCAAGGAGGAGAGAGUGGAGACGUGGGGGAUACGAAAAGUUCUCGGCAAUUGAGGAAUUCCAGAAGGGUAUACUCUGAUUUGGGCUUUGGUUCAAGGAACAAUUUAAUGGACCUCCUGGCGGGGAGGGAAGGAGAUUCCAGUUUCCGGGGUGAGGCAGAUGGAGCUCAGUCUGUUCCUGUAGUAAUGCAGGGCUGUGGCUAUAGAAUGGGAAGCGGAGGAUUUGUUGGCAGGCGGAAAAUUCAGUCUGUCGCUCAUGGUUAUGAUGGAGAUGGCAUCUCCCGAUUAAGGAGAAAUCGAACUGUUGGAGGAAGCUUAGAGACAUUUACUAGAAGGAAUGGGUUUGAUUGUCAGGAUAACAGGGCAGCUAGUGCUCAAGCAAGAGACCCUGUCUAGUUCUUCUUGAGGUUUAGUUGAAUGGCCAUUUUCAUCUCUUGUUGCAAUUUGACAAGGGAACAAGGCUUACAUUCACAUCCUUCACUUUCUGGUACAUCACAUUGGUGUAGAGUAGUAAGUAGUUCAUUUAUGUAAGGCUUUCUCUCAAAGGCCUCCUUUUAUGUUCAUAAAUUAUUGUGUUGUUGAAUUAUCAUCACAGAUUUAAAAGGAUUGGCACAUCUCUGAUGUUCCUUUUAAAUUUUUUGAUCUGUUUUUUCCUAUUCAUUUUCAUUUUAUGUUAUCUUAUUCCCAAUGUUAAGGCUAUUGGAAAUGCUAAAUUCAUUUAACUUACAUAGAACUUGAAACAUUUGAGUCAUCAGUAAUUGUUCUGUUCUUCUGUUGAA